AAAUUUGAUAUCAUUUCUCCUAUUCAAUCCAUAUCUUCCAACUCAAAAACUAAGGUGCUCUGGCUAUCCAGUUUGUGUAAUCUUCAAAGGUUUUCAUCUCUCAUUGGACAAAAUGGUAGGUGAGCCAGUAAAUGUGAAUGAGUUCCAAGAAUUGGCUAGGGAAGCCCUUCCAAAAAUGUACUAUGAUUUUUAUGCUGGUGGAGCUGAGGACCAGUACACAUUAAAAGAGAAUGUGGAAGCAUUUCAAAGAAUCAUGAUUCGGCCUAGAAUUCUUGUGGAUGUUAGCAGAAUAGAUAUGUCAACUACUGUAUUGGGGUACAAAAUCUCAGCACCAAUUCUGAUUGCUCCAACUGCCAUGCAUAAGUUGGCACACCCUGAAGGAGAGGUUACCACAGCCAGAGCAGCCGCUGCAUGUAAAACCAUAAUGGUUCUAUCCUUCACUUCGUCUUGCACUGUGGAGGAAGUUGCUUCCAGCUGCAAUGCUGUUCGGUUCUUUCAAUUAUAUGUAUACAAGCAGCGAGAAAUAGCAGCCACGUUGGUGCAGAGAGCGGAGAGAAAUGGAUACAAGGCUCUUGUUGUGACUGUUGACUGUCCCAGAUUUGGUCGAAGGGAGGCAGACAUAAAAAACAAAAUGGUUGCACCUCGACUGAAGAAUCUUGAGGGUCUCUUAUCAAUUGAAGCUGAUUCUGAUAAUGGCUCAAACAUAGAAGCUUAUGCCAACAAGACAAUGGAUGCUUCCCUUUCUUGGAAGGACAUAGAAUGGUUAAAAUCAAUUACAAACUUGCCAAUUCUCAUCAAGGGAGUGCUUACUGGAGAAGAUGCAAUAAAGGCUGCAGAAGUAGGUGUUGCUGGGAUUAUGGUCUCCAAUCAUGGAGCUCGCCAACUUGAUUAUACGGAUGCAACUAUUAAUGUUCUGGAAGAGGUGGUUCAUGCUGUCAGAGGAAGAGUUCCUGUCUUCCUUGAUGGAGGAGUACGGCGAGGAACAGAUAUCUUCAAGGCAUUAGCCCUUGGUGCACAAGCCGUCCUUAUUGGAAGACCUGUUAUAUUUGGGCUAGCAGCAAAGGGUGAAAAUGGGGUGAGACAAGUCAUGCAAAUGCUGAAGGAUGAACUAGAGAUCACCAUGGCACUAUCUGGCUGUCCUAGUGUGAAGGACAUUACUAGACGCCAUGUGAGGACUGAGCGUGAAAGACUCCAUGCAAUGAUCUAAUAACAUAUGGAAGCAUUAGGACAAUAUCCUGGACAAAAAUGAUACAGACCAUUAAUUUAAUCAGUGUUUUAAAAUGGGUACAUUGUGAAAAGGGACUAUGAAUAAAUAUUUACCAUUUUUAUAUAAAAAUGAUAAUAAAAAUAAUGAAUAAUACUUUAAAAGGUUUCACUUUA